AAUACCAUAAAAAUUAAAUUAAAAAGAACUGUAGAAUGAAUAUUCUGCUACAAAAACGGUGACAUUUGUUCCCUUUACGAAUUCGGUGAAUGCUUCUUUCCUCACAAAAUCGUCGUGUAAAAGAAUGGUGGGUAUUGGGCGUGUGGUAAGUCGUCAAAAUGAGAAUGGUGGUGCUUCUAUGAAUGGGACUGCUGUUUCUCGUAAAUGGAAGCCUCGAAGAGUGUCUGCGAUUAGGGAUUUUCCGCCAGGCUGUGGACCGUUUGUUCGGCCUGUUAAUGUGGUGGAUGUUAAAAAAGCUGAAGCGGUGUCUGUAGUGAGGGAUUUUCCGCCGGACUGUGGACCAUUUGUUCGGCCUGUUAGUGUGGUGGAUGUUAAAGAAGCUGAAGCAGCGUUGUCGUUGGGGAAUGUAGAGACUCAAGUGGGGUCCAAGGAGGAAGUUAAUGGGGUGGUGAAUGAUGAUGUGAAAGUGAAUGAUGAUGUUAAGUUAUUUUCACCGACACGUGGGGUGGAUAAUGGUGUUGUGACUGAUGGUUUGACAAAGGUGAAGUUUCCUCGAAGGAGAGUUUCUGCAGUUCGGGAUUUUCCUCCUUUUUGUGGAUAUAAUGUUGGUGAGCCCAGUGCAGAGGAACGGGAAAGAAUAACCGGACGGAGGAGGACUGAAACCGGGGAUAAGGGUGGUGGUAGUGAGGGAAGGAAUGGGAAGGUUGUAGAGGCUAAAGUGGCGGGUUGUGAAAAGUCUAAUGUGAGUCUCAAAGAAGAUUUACUUAAGAAGGGAAAAUUGGGUGAUUUAAGCAAUGAGGGUGUUGUGGCAAAUCAAGAGGCGGAAAUUUUGAUGGCUGGUGAGGAAUCUAACGUAAGUGUUGAAAAGGAGAAGGUCGAAAAGAUUGAAGGUGAUGCCACCGGGGUUGAACGAGGCAAAAGGGUACAUAACAUAGGUCAAGCAUGCCAGGAGCUUGUGGUGUAUGCACGUGACAAAGUCAUGAUGAGAAAAUGUUCAGAUGAUGAAGAUUCUGGAGAAGAGAAGUUUCAAGAUGAGAAAAUCAAGAGCCAUGAAAUAGGGGAGAAGGUUUCAAUGCCAGUCGACAAAUCAUUUUCCCAGGGUCAAAGGGAUAUUAAAAGUAUCCCCUUUCGGAAUGAGGGAUACGAAAGAUUUCUUAAAAAGAGGCCGCUGGAUGAUACUAAUGAUCUUAAGUUUGAUGGAGACAGGCUUAGGUUUAUAAUGGGUCUGAAGGCUCCGUCACUUGGUGCAUUAGGAAGUCUAAAGAAAGAUUUAAUCAUAAAGGAGAAAGGGAGUCAAGCCUCAAUGAUGCCAACAGGUUUUAAGACUAAAAAACUAGAUGUUUUGGAGAAACCGAGCUCCACACGAAAGGUUGGUUAUACCAAUACACUUGAAAUGGUUGUUAAGGAAGAUGAUGAUUUUGCUAUAGAUACCGAAGAACAAGGAGCAGCGCUCAAGUAUGUGUUAGGUCUGAAGGCUCCGUCACUUUGCUCACCAGCAAUCCCAGGUAAAUCUUUUACCAUCAAGGUGAAAGGAAGUCAGGCCUCAACGGCACCAACUAAUUCUACAAAGAAAAAACAAAAAAGGCGAGAAAACGCUGUUUGGAGGGGAGAAUCGAGCUCCAUAGGGAAGGUUGCUUAUACUGGCACACUUGAAAUGGUUGUUGGUAAAGAAGAUGAUUUUGCUGCAGGUGCCAAAGAACAAGACGAGUAUCGUAAUCCACGGGGAGCAUGUGAUAUGGAUGUAACACUGCCUCCAUUUGGUCCCAAAAACUCAAAUGAUGCCCGAAAUAAAGUUAGGGAACUUCUAAGGCUUUACCAAGCUAUAUGUAGGAAGAUUGUGCAGGGGGAGGAAUCAAAAACCAAUGAAUUAACAGGAGGGGCUGUAAGGCGAGUUGAUCUUAAAGCAAAGGAAAUUUUGGACGCGAGAGGCCGGUCACUUGACUUGGGUCCAAAGACAUAUGGACCAGUACCUGGGGUUGAAGUAGGAGAUGAGUUUCUGUUCCGAGUCGAGCUUGCUUUAGUUGGCCUUCACCGCCCAUAUCAGGGCGGCAUAGAUUAUGUUAAGCAGGCUAAUGAGUUUUUUGCAGUUAGUGUUGUUGCUUCAGGUGGUUAUGAUAAUGAUGUCAAAUAUCCAGACCGCUUAGUAUACUGCGGGGCAGGUGGGGUCACAAAAGAUAAGAACUUGGAAAACCAAAAGCUUGAAAGAGGAAAUCUAGCUUUGAAGAACAAUAUUGAUUUGAAAUAUCCUGUGCGGGUUAUUCGUGGAUAUCAGGUUACCAUUGAAUCUGUAGAUUCAAAACCAAAGACAAUGAAAACAUACAUAUAUGAUGGGCUGUACACAGUUGACGAAUGCACACAGGUGCCUAGCAAAAAGGGAAACAUGGUUUUCAACUUUGUGUUAACUAGGAUUCCGGGACAACCAGAACUUGCCAUUAGAGAGGUGAAGUCCAAGAAAUUUAAGAAACGAGAAGGUAUAUGUGUUAAUGAUAUAAGUGAUGGUAAAGAAGUCUUUCCAAUAUGUGCUAUCAACACAAUUGAUGAUGAAAAACCGCCUUCAUUUACCUACAUUACAAAGAUUGUGUAUCCGAAUUGGUGUCAGCCGGUCCCCCUAAAAGGCUGUGAUUGUGUGGGCCGGUGUAAUAACAAGAAAUGCUCAUGUGUCCUCAAGAAUGGUGGUGAGAUUCCAUAUAACCAUAACGGAGCAAUAGUUGAAGCAAAAUCAUUGGUUUAUGAAUGUGGCCCAUCUUGUAGGUGUCCUCCUUCUUGCUACAACCGAGUCACCCAACACGGUAUGAAAAUUCAUCUCGAGAUAUUUAAAACUAGAACACGUGGGUGGGGGGUUAGAUCUUUGAGUUCAAUCUCUUCGGGAAGCUUUAUAUGUGAAUAUAUAGGAGAGCUUCUAGAAGACAAGGAAGCUGAGAAACGAACGGGUAAUGACGAGUACUUAUUUGAUAUCGGGCAAAACUAUAGCGACUGUUAUCCUAACCCCGAAAUGAAAGCAGACGAGGAAGUGUGCGAGGGUGGAUUCACUAUUGAUGCUUUCAAAUAUGGUAAUGUUGGUAGGUUUAUCAACCACAGUUGCUCCCCGAAUUUAUAUGCUCAAAAUGUACUGUAUGAUCAGGAGGAUAAGAGAAUGCCACAUAUAAUGCUUUUUGCUGCUGAAAACAUCCCACCGCUGCAGGAGCUGACGUAUCAUUACAACUAUACGGUGGAUACAGUUCAUGAUUCUGAUGGGAAUAUAAAGGUCAAGAAUUGUUAUUGUGGUUCUUCAGAAUGUACAGGCAGACUUUAUUAGGUAAGUUGGAACUUAUACUAUUAGGAAGAGACGAUCCUUUGUUAUGCUUGUGUCCUCUUUUCAAUAUAUGUAAAUCUGGUGAUCCUUAGGAUCCUAAUUGAUAAAGCUCUUGAUGAAUUUCUUUACUGUC